AUGGUUUCCGACCUCAACCUCAAGAAGUCUUGGAACCCGAGACUGCUAAAGAAUAGAGCCAAGGUGUGGGAAAAAGAGCGCGAAUUGCUUUCAAAAAGAAGAGAAGAGACCGCUAUCGAUGAUGCAAUCAAAGAAGUACCAGCGAAACUCAAUCAGUCUAAGUCACUACGAAUUGACUGGAUGUACAACAAUCCUGCUGAGCAUCGGUUGAGUGCUGAUGAGGAUACUAGCAAAUGUGAUCAUCUUAACAAACUUCCAAACCAACGCAGUACACAAACAAACUUGCACGGUUCAAGUUAUAUACAGCAUAGUUCAUCGAACCCUUCACCAGAAAAGCCUGCAACUGAAAUCAACAGCAUACUGCAGAAAAACGAUCCCGUUCUCCUUAUAAGUAAAAAAGGAUCUUUACACCGUCAGCCUCAUGUACCCAAACAUAAGAAUGAUCAUUCUUCAAAAAUUACAAAGACCCGCAUAAAUGGCAGGAAGCAUUAG